AUGCAUCAAGGUGGUGGGACCACCACCAAAAACAACUAUUCCCAGAGGAGCCCUGGGUCAUCAAACCAAAAAUACAAUCACUCUCAUGGGUUCCAACCAUUUGGGUUGCAACCAGGGCAGGGAGCCCCAAUGGAUAUUGGUGUGGUCCAAGGCAGACAGACGCGCAGAUUCACCUGCUACAACUGUGGCGAGGAGGGGCACAUGGCCCAAAAUUGUACAAACGGAGCACGGGCCGCUCAACAAAAAAAUAACCAAGGGCGCCAGGCGCGCCAAUUAGAAGCUGAAAUGCCGGACAAUCGGCUCAAUACUCUGGCCGGACGUUCAUACGACGAAAUCCGGGCCUUCUUUUAUGACCAGCAGGUCGCUGAAAUGAAGACUCAGGGAAAAGAGUUCGGAGCUUAG